AUGUCAACUGAAUAUGACACAGACAAUAACAAUACCAGCAAAUAUUCAGUACAAGAAGAUCCAUCUAAUGAUAACAAUGAUUUUUUAAAUAUAUUUGAGAAUUAUUCACAUCCUAUUUUCAAUUUUGAUACAUCUAGUACUUCAGAAUUACCAAAAGAUGAACUAAUUAAGGGGAUUUUGAUAUGGAUUAUGAAGUUCAGGUUGAGUUAUAAUUUAUCUAAUACUGCAAUUGAUGACUUAAUUAAAUAUAUUAAAAUAGUUUUGAAAGAUUGUAAAAGUAUCAAUCACAAAUCAUUUUCAAAUUCAUUAUAUAUAUUAAGAAAAUCAUUAGGCCUUAUCGAUCAAUUUACGCAAUUUGCAGCUUAUCAAAAAUAUCACAAAUUAUAUAAAAAAUAUAAGGUAAUAUCAGAGGAUAAUAAUACUAUUAGAAAGUGCAGCCAUGUCAAAUUUCCAAAUUCAACUACAAAGGAAUCAAAGCAAUGUCAAAUUCCUUUAGGGAAGAAGAUUCUUUUAAAUAAUAGUAUAUCAAUUGUUUCUGAAUUAGUAUAUUCUGUUUUAAGUAUACAACAACAAAUUUUUAGUAUAUUCAGAUAA